AUGCCACACGAUAGCGGGGAAGCAGAUGCCGACGCCUUGGUGAACUCGGUAUUUGCUGUACUACUGGCCCAACUCAGACACGGUUGUCUGACCUAUCGCAAUUCAAACCAAACUCUCCAACGCACUACACACAGACUGCCAACGUUUGAGGCUAAGACCCUGGUGAAUCAGUCCACUCACCGUCACAUUACGAUUCGUGAGACCCAAGCCACUCAGGAUAACCACACAGGAUCGACACCUUAUCACUCACACGGUCUAGAUCUGUGCGUCCGUUGGGCGACCGGUUCAACUGUGCUACCGAACCAGGCCGGUCCAAUGGACAGUCCGCUACGUAAAACAUAUAUUUGUGCCACUUUGUCUGGUCCAAGUGGAACAAUCAUGUGCGAGCACAAACUUCCCCGGACCGAUUCGCCAAACAAAUACCGUCGCGGUCGUAAAACGCGGACUCGGAAUGUGCGCAGCAGAUUCACCCAAACACUAGAUCACAAUGCACGAAGUUGUUAUGUUUGUCAGGCAGCGGCUUUGUGGGCAUUUCAGCGAAGAUUUCUGAUCAAUUAUGGCUUGUCCACCAGCACCGCCACCACCACGGGUGCAGCCAUGAUGACGACAACGACGACCAGUGUAAACGAUGCAUCCGUCGCAUGCCACUCGUCCGGGUCAGGUAACCGACUGGAUGACCGAGGCAAGUUGGAAAGUGAACCAUAUCGACGAGGUCACGUGCGCCUGCGCCCACGACCUCACUCACACUGUGAUGAAGACGAUUAUGCUCGGAUCACACAAUCAAACUCCACAGCACAUCGAUUCAAGCGUCGGCAAGUUGUCAGUGGGAAUUUUCCGGAGAUCGGAGCUCAUGAUUCUCUGUACAAUCUCUCUUUCAUGGUAAAUGAAAUGGCAACCGGUGCCGAUCGGAAGUGGAAUCCACAAGUUGUGUUCUGUGCUCCCCGGGACUGUUCACCGCAACGUUCGUAUUUCAAACGUGACGGUCUUCGUCGAAGACCGCCGGUCGGCGUGAGAGAAAGCGAUGAUUUACCUGAGCGUAGACGAAAAUCUGCUCGGUGA